AUGGAAUGUGACGAGAUCAAGAACGGGACCACAACUGGCGCCAAUGACGAUUGCAAACAUGUCAGAGAGAGCAGCGUUUACGAUGUCCUGCAAUGGGAGACGUUUGAUUUCGCUGGUCAUCACAUCAGCAUCCGAGAGUCCACAGAUAGCUUUGGCGCCCUCAUCUGGCCUGGAGCCAUAGCUCUGUGUCAGUACCUGGAGAACAACCAACAACAGUUCAACAUGAGAGACAAAACAGUGUUGGAGAUUGGAGCGGGCACUGGUUUGCUAUCAGUAGUGACUAGCUUGCUUGGUGCUCGUGUGACAGCGACAGACCUUCCCGAAGUUUUACCGAACCUUUCUUUCAACUUGAUGCGGAACACCAAAGGCCGUUCUCGCCACACGCCACAAGUGAAGGCCCUGGCUUGGGGUGACCACCUCCAGCCAGACUUCCUGGACUCUUACGACUACGUACUAGCGGCGGACGUUGUUUACUACCACGGGGCGUUGGACUCCCUUCUGGACACCAUGCGGCAUUUCUGUCCGCCGGGAGGCCGGACGACGCUACUGUGGGCCAACAAAGUUCGCUUCCAGUCGGACGUCGGAUUCAGGGAGAGGUUCCGGAGCACUUUUCAAGCAACGCUGCUCGUUGAGUUGCCGCAGCAGGAAAUAAGGAUUUACAAAGCCACCGCCAAGAAGUGAUGAAAGCAAAAGAAGGACUUUUUCCAACUUAGAUAAAAUUGUAUCCAUUUCUUUAUAAGUCUAUUAUCAUGACUCAUGAGGCAUGACUGUCUUUACUUCCCAGUUUCCACGCCUGGUUUUGGUACAAUCAUAUUUAAGUGUGUUGCUAUGUGAUUAUAAUCUGCCCGGGACCUUCAAAAUCUCCAGUGCUGGUUCCUGCUACAUAGAUACCAUAUUAAUUCAGAACCAAUUGGAUUUCAGACAAAUAUUGAUUCACAGGGACUGUGACA